GGUCGUCAAUGAUCCAUCAUUCCCCCAGACGAAAAAGGAAGGAAUACUAUCACCACCGCCACUCUCCUUUCCUUUCCUCCCUUCCUCUCUCUGCCUCUUCGCCACCUCCGAUCUUCAAUCCCCAUUUCUUGAGCCUUAAAUUUUCCCCACCGAUCUCUUUGCUCAGACCGCCGUCGCCCACAAAAUGGCUAAUGCUGCAUCAGGAAUGGCAGUGAACGAUGACUGCAAGUUGAAGUUCUUGGAGUUGAAGGCAAAGCGAACUUACCGUUUCAUAGUCUUUAAGAUCGAUGAGAAGCUGAAGCAGGUCAUCGUGGAGACGCUUGGCGAACCCAAUUUGACAUAUGAUGAUUUUACCGCCAGUCUUCCUACAAAUGAAUGCAGAUAUGCAAUUUAUGAUUUCGACUUUGUGACCGAGGAGAAUUGCCAGAAAAGCAAGAUCUUUUUUAUUGCGUGGUCCCCUGACACAGCAAGAGUGAGAAGCAAGAUGCUCUAUGCGAGCUCCAAGGACAGGUUCAAGAGAGAGCUGGAUGGCAUUCAGGUUGAAUUGCAAGCAACUGAUCCUACUGAGAUGGGCCUUGAUGUUAUAAGAGGCCGUGCCAAUUGAGUGUGCCUAUGCACCUCUUGCUUGUGUGGUGUUCUUCUGUGGUUGUUCGCUUUCACUGGAAUGUUCAUAGUUUCGUGGAACAGUCAGUUCCCUAGAUAUUGUGUGGGCUUAUGGUUCAAGUUACCAAAUAGAACCUAUAUGAGGCAUCUUCCCUCUUCAGUAUCUCUUGUGAUUUCAUUGAUGGGAUUGGUUUCUCUUCACUGAUGUCUACAAGCUAAUGGCAUGCAACAAUUUGUGGGGUAGUAGGCGAUAAUUGUAGCUAUUUCAAUUAUCUUCCCAUGGAUGCUUGACCCCAAUUGAUGUUCUCUGUCGCGCUGAUUGCAGAUUAAUUAUGUUGAAGUUUCCAGUCUUACUGUUUUUAUA